UAAAAGAAUAAAGUCGCGGAAUAAGGGUUUAAAGGGAGAAAAGAGGUUUUAGCUUUAAGCAGCUGAGUCAGAAGAAGAGGGCCGAUUAUGGCGAAACAAGGCGAUUUGUGGGAUGAUUCUGCUCUCAUCAGUGCCUUUAACAAUGCCGUCUCCAAAUACAAGACGAUGCAUGGAAAAAAAGCCAUUGAUGUUUCAAAAGAUAAAGGAGAGCUUGUAAGCAGCAGUGGAAAUCAUGCUGGUAUUGGUGAACAUCAGGAGACUAAAAGACAGGAGGAUGCAGAUGAGGAAAGUAAUCUUCAAGCACAUAUUGCAACAGAAGUGGGAGAAAGUAGUAAUCCUUCUGAAGUCAAGGAAACUAAUCCUGUGGAUCCACAGAUACCCGAUUCCUAUGCAGAAGUUACUCAGAAUGAGCCAGUGAGCUAUUCAUAUCCACAAGGUGCGCAAGAUUAUAACCAGUUACUCCAACAAUAUUAUGAGCUUGAGGAGAAGAGGCAACAGAUAAUUCAACAGCUUCAUCAAUAUGGUAGUUGGAAUUAUCAAUAUACCCAGGAAGGUACCAGCACUGGUAUGCAGGGGGAUUAUGGUACUACACUUCAUGUCCAUGAACAACAAACUUCUAGUCAAGCAAUGUCCUGCUCAUGUUGCCCAUAUGCGAGUCAAUGUUUUAUCACUCCAUGCACGUCGUUUCCUACUUGUUUCAUGGGUGGCUCAUGUGCUGGUGAACCUUGUACUAAUGUAUGUGGGGUAAUAAAUCCUAGGAAGAAGUUCCCUCAGCAAGACAACCGCAUAGUUGAGGCAGCAAUGGGAGCUACUGAAAGAGCAUUAUCUUCCAUGAAGAUAAAAAAUCCUGAUGAUUCUAAUUCAAUUGAAGCUAACAAAGAGAAAGAAACUGACAGAAAAGAAGGGGGCGAUUUUCAAUCUGCAAGCUCAGAGACUGAUCUUACUGAAGUCUUGAAUGCAUGGUAUUCUGCAGGUUUCCACACUGGAAAGUAUCUUGUGGAGCAAUCUAUUGCAAAGAAACAUCAAAGAUGAGCCUUUUGUCUUUUUUGACCAUGUGAGCGGAUGUGAAAAUGGUUCUGUAAUCAGAUAUUGUUCUUUAUAAUACAAGAUUUUUGGCAUCUCGUUGGCAUGACCAACAUUUGAUCUCUUAGUUACUAUUCAUUACUUGCAUCUGUGCACAUAUUUGGUUUUAAAAAAAAAAGAGAAUUGUGACUGGACUGUAAGUUGUAGUUCAUUACCAUGAUGUUAAGCUUUGCCUGCACUAGUAAACUGGAAUACCCAUUUCCCACCCAUAUGAAAUUUCAUCAUUUUCUUUGGUGCAA